UUGGCUGGGCUGUGCACAGCUGACAGUCGCGCGGGCCAGGGAGCGUCAAGGAUGGCGGCGUCCACAGCACUGAUCCUGCCGGAGAGCCCCAGUACGAAGAAAGCAGUGCCGCUGAUCAAUGCAAUAGAUACGGGGAGGUUCCCACGACUUCUCAGCCGAAUUCUUCAAAAGCUCCACCUGAAGGCCGAGAGCAGUUUCAGCGAAGAAGAGGAAGAAAAACUCCAAGCUGCCUUCUCUCUAGAGAAACAGGAACUUCACCUGGUUCUGGAGACAAUAUCAUUUGUUUUGGAACAGGCAGUGUAUCACAACAUGAAGCCAGCAGCUCUGCAGCAGCAACUAGAGACUAUUCAUCUUACAAAAGACAAAGCGGAAGCGUUUGCCAGUGCUUGGUCGGCUAUGGGCCAAGAAACGGUGGAGAAGUUCCGGCAGAGGAUCCUGGGCCCUCACAAGCUAGAGACCGUGGGAUGGCAGCUUAACCUGCAAAUGGCUCACUCGUCUCAGGCAAAGCUGCAGUCUCCUCAGGCCGUGCUGCAACUGGGAGUGAGCCAGGAAGACUCCAAGAACCUGGAGAAGGUUCUAGUGGAAUUCAAUCACAAGGAGUUGUUCGAUUUCUACAACAAGCUGGAGACCAUACAAGCACAGCUGGAUUCCCUGACAUAAUGUUCUUGAAGACUGGCUUCGCCAUCACAGUCUGGCCUCCUCACUCUUUCGCGUUGAAGAGAGACUGCCCAAGUAUAUUUUCUAGAGGACUCGGUGACUUUAUUCCUACAGAUGAUACAGCUUAUUGCUUCUUAGACAAAUACCAGUGAAGGAAGAUCACACUGGGUUUCUAAUGUACCCUUCCUUCUCCUCACGCGAGACAAGAGCAAUUGUUGAGAAAACUGUUAGAAAGAAGUGAGGAGUGAACGCCAUGCUGGGUUUUUGUUGUUGUUGUUUUGUUUUUGUUUUGUUUUUUGUCAGAUUGCUUUCAGGGACCAAUGAAGGUCUGCAGGCAGAAGGUAUGAUGGGGCCCUAGCAGAAUAUGGAACCUUACCCAUUACGGUAGUUAAUUAGGGAAGCAGCCACAGGCCAUCAAUCGUUUUGGCAUUUGUCCUAUAACUUUAUUUGCUUGAGGUGUAGUGUAGGAAAGAACUCUAAAAUGGUGCUGUACGGUACUGCUGAGUUAAUUCCACUGUGCUCCUCUUGACUCCCCUCUGACGUUCAUGACUUAAACAUGAUCUAGGUUUGCAUAUACCUCUGCAAACGAAUAACAGCGCUCUCCUCAGUGUUUCAGAUCUCAAGCGAAAACUUUACCUGUAAUGAGUAUGACGUGGGAAUCUUACAUUUUGAAUCAGAAAUUUUUUGUAUUCUUCUUUUAUGGAUAUGUUCAUUGGUUUCAGUCAAUAAAAACUUUCUACCUUAGAAUUAUUUAA